AUGAAUCUCGACAAACUAGACUCUGACUGGAGCAGAACGGGCACAGAGCGAACCACAGACCUGUAUCACAAAACUAAAGCAGCCGGAGACAUCAUUUGCAUAACCACGCCCAAACGCGCAAAGCCACGCCUACACGCGUCCAAACGCCUGGUGCUGCUUCCAGCGCCGCUACGCACAGACAUGGCGAGCGGCGCAGUCCCUCCGCGGCGCUACUCUGGGGUAGUUUGCGAGGCUCCCUUUGGCGUCGCGUCUCACCAUCGCACACCACGGCUGGGCUCGUUCGCAAGGUGCGUGUCACUGCCCUCCCCCUCCUCCUCUCUGGAUGCUCAGGCCCCCUCUCCCUCGGGGCCCUGGACCCGGACUGUGACCCCCCCACUCUCCCCGGACCCCCCCCCUCCGGACCGGGCCGAGGUGGGGGGGGGCGUUGCCAUGGUGACGUCGAGGGCCACGUCGUCCGGGGGGGCAGUCACUCCGCUGCACUACAAGCCCUUCAGCUCACACGCACACUACCAGCAGGUAAUGUGUGCCGUGCGUAAGCUCCAGGAGAGCGGCUUCUACUGGGGCGCGGUGAGCGGGCGGGAUGCGGGAGCGCUGCUUCGGUCCGAGCCCCCCGGCACCUUCCUGAUCCGCGACUCUUCAGACCACCACCACUUCUUUUCGCUGUCGGUGCAGACUUCUCGCGGCAUCAAGAACCUGCGCAUCCACAGCCAGGACGAGGGCUUCUUCCUGCAGCGCGACCCCCUGAGCGCGCAACACCCCCCGCGCUUCGACUGCGUGCUCAAGCUGGUGGCACACUACAUGGGCAAGAGCACAGCGGGGGCUGAGGGUGCGAUUCCCGGCAACGGCAGACACGUGUAUCUGAUCCACAGCGGGGGAGAGAAGGUACCGUUGGAGCUGAGGCGGCCGCUCUGUGCUGCCAUGUCGACCCUGCAGCACAUGUGCAGGAGAACUUUAAACGAGUCCAGGACCGAAGGCCAGGCGCAGAUACCGCACACGCUCAGAGACUUCAUGGAGGAGUACGACGCGCCCAUUUGA